AUGUCCAGUGUCGACCGGCAGAUGUUGAAGGAGUGCCGCGCCCUCUUUAACAAGGGGGAGUGGGAAAAGGCUCGAAGUAAAGCCGCCGCUAUUCUCGACUUUGAUGCGAACAACUACCAUGCGUACGUCACUGUGGCUGACCGCAGACUCGUCUUUCAAGCCUUGGCCCUUCUUCAUCUUGGACAGGGACAUGAGGCAGAAAACUCCUAUUCUAAAGCGAUCCAAGUGGAUCCAGAGCAGAUACUUGCAUGGCAGGGCCUGGUGCGCGUGUACGAAACCCUAUCACAGUGGGAAAAGCUGUCUGUCGCACUCGAAGAGCUGGCGGACGUGACGCGGAAACAGUACGUA